AUGAUGUUUUCCUUCAGAGCCGAGAAUGUCAAUCGGUUGGUUUGUUCAGAAAAUGGUGAGAUUCCCGACUUGUAUCGCGUAAAACUUGAUGAUUUUUUAUUUACAACUGGACUGAAGCUAACGCCAGAUAAUGUAAGGAGACUUAAGUUUGCACUUCAGGGCAACUUGAAGACAAAAAGUAGUAGACGAUAUAAGACGCUGACAAAGAUAAAUGAUGGGGUAGAAUUAUUGAAGUUCAUGGAUCACUUAUACGAUUUCUCUAUGAAUAUUUACAUUCUACAAGGAUUUUUGGAAAGGAUCGAUGAAGAUGGCCUUGUUGAGAAAUGUAUUGAAUUUGUUGAGAGAAAAACGAACACGUAUAUCAAUAAAUAUUAUAAAAAAAGAGAAACUUUAGAAGGUUACAAAAAAGUUUCUCUUAAAUUACCAAAAGAAGAUGUGCAUAAAAUUCCAGAAGGGAGGAUACCUGCACUAAAAAGAAAUUUAAUGAAUUUAAUUGAUGCUAAUUUUGAUGACAUUGUGAUCCUUGGGAUAUCGGAAGGAUGUGUUAUUGUCCACACAGAAAUGCGACCACUUCUUUUCCCAAAGAUAAAGAAAUUAGGAACUUUUGCCGAUUUCAUUUUCAAGAAGUAUCAUAUUUCUGAAGUUUACUCAGAUCAACUUUGUCUCUAUACAUCGCAAAAAAAAGGAACAUCCAAUGUUGGAAAAAACUGCUUCCAGAUUGAACAUUGCUUAACAAUAGAGCAAGAGGAAGAUGUUAUUGCAAAAAUAACAGAAUUACCGGAUCUGCCUGAUUCACUUAAUUAUAUCAACAUUGCAAUCAUGGGAGCUCCUCUCCAAGGAGAUUUUACUUUUGUGAACAUGUGCACAGAGGCACUGAAAUCUCGGACAGCAAUACAAACGAGAGCUGCUCUUAUGACCACCUCAUCCAAUUCAACUACACCACUUACUGUGAUUUCAUCAAAAACAAAAUCCGGGAGACCAAUUCAAAUACGUAUCCUUGAAUCAGAAAAUAUACAAACCAUGGACUCUAUUGUGGAUAGCAGCACAUGUGCGAAUGAAGCUUCAACAGGCCGUAGAAGUUUAUCAGAACUGGAUAGAAAAAUACAUUGUGUUGUUUAUGCACUUGAUGCCUGUGAGGAAACCCUAUAUGGUUAUGAUGAGAUUGAUAACGAAAAAAUUAAAAAUAGCGUACUAAAUCAAGAAAAACCAAAGGUUCUACUUCUCUGGACCAAAAAUUUUUCUGAAAUGACGUUUCAAGACGUUUUCAGAUUCAGGGUUCAAGCUUGUGAUGAAUUUGGACUACCGCUUCGUUUGAUAAUGCCAGCCUGUGAUCCAUUAUCUAACGAAACGCAUACGAAUGAAGCUCUGAAAAGUUUGUUAGAUAUGAUCAACCGUUCUAUAGAGUAUGCAUCUAAAAGUAGUCAAUAG